AUGAGUUGGGUACUUUACAGGUUGUUGAGAGCUAUUCAUCAAGACUCGUCCCUUCGCUUCGGCUCAUUGAAUAAUGGCCUCCUCGCGCUCGACAGAAAUUCGUCGGUCGUCUGGUCUGGUCCUUGGCAGAAUAGCGGCAGCUGGUGGCAGAAUAUCAUCGCCCUAAUCAUAUCACAUCUCAUCUCACUACAUCGUAUCACAUCUAAUCUGGACCCCAAGUGUAGGAGAAAUGUUGUCCCCAGAUCUCUCUUCUUCCCGUACGCAAGGAGGUCGCUGACCGGCGUACCACGAAAGAUGCCCACUUUCGCUUCCUUGCACAUGACGAGCGGAGAAGAGCACGAGGCAAAUAUGGAGGACGAAUGGCUUACCAUACCACUUCAGCUCGGAGCCCGCAGUUCAAGUCGAGACAGAAAGGAACUAAUUCACCUACAGUCCGUCCCGCACGGCACAACAACGACGAAUCCUACGUCCCCGCUACAGAAUCAAACAGGGACCCCGCCGAAGCAGGGGCAGAUGGGGGAGAAGAGAAAUAGGGGGAAAGAGCCGAAUAACGGAAUGCCCAAAAUCCUUUCGUACUGGCGCUGUGCCGCAAUCAUAUCCGUGUUCCCUCCUUGGUCUGUCACUCGAUUCAGUUCAGACCUGGUCCGCGGCCCGCCGCCAGCACUCAAAGUCGAGACUCGAGAGCUCUGUUUCCUCAAAGAUCCCAGCGACAUGGUUCUCAAAGUGGGGGUCUGGCGCAGCAUGCGACUACAACCGUUGUACUUUCGCUUGCUGGGAUUCGGCAAAAAGCCAUGUGUGCUUAUGGGGUUUCUUCCCAACACUCCUCCUAAUGCCCAUAUCGUAUACGAAUACUCUGUAGAUAAGACGCUCAUGCAAUACCAAAGCCCAACAGCAGGAAAGCUAGCUGUGGUUGCAAUCGGCAAAUCUAUCCUCUCUUCUACCACGAGAACAACGUUCCAUUCACAUUCCACACACACUGAAAUUCAUACUGGGGGUGGUGGUGGCUUCGGUGCUCCUCAAGAAGAAAAAAAGGUGAAAAGUGACAGCUUACCUAUACCUUACAACCCCCCCCCCUGCUUUUUCCUCAACACAACGUCGGAAAGCCUUAAGAGGGUUAGCAGCCUUUUCAUACUCUGGAGACCCGGAAGCCUGAAGGGCCCGUCGCACUCGCAGAAGGGGGCCUAUCUGCACAACAUCCCAUCCUUCCCUCCACCCCAUCUCGUGGUGAACCCCGAGGGGUUCACUAUUCUAGUGAAGAAGUUCCGCUAUCCGUACUGUCAGGCUUUACUCACCUGGUUAGAACCUCGUACUCUCGUCAGGCUCGUCCAGCUACUGGCUAGUCUAAGAAGCAGUACGAAACACAGAACACUGCCUUGGUCCUUUGAUAUCCGUAUCAGUAUCAGGGCUGACUUACUUUCUCCGCUGUCGCUUUGCGCCGCUGAACAAGAUGGUGGAGACCAAGUCGAGCAGAAGUCAAUGUUCAUCUGGCUGGCCCGGGCCAUGUUCAAUACAAAUGAACUUGUAUCGGGAAACUGCAAGAAGUCUAGUGGGAAUGUUAAUGGGCUUUCGGUCAAGUACUCCGUCCUCCCACGAUCCACUAAUGCACAUCCUUUGGAAAAUUUUCGCAGCGGCAUUGCGCCAGAACAGCCCAUUCUUUGA